AUGAAUAUUGAGACUGUAACUGAUACGUAUUUUGAAGAAUCCAGUAUCAUGAGGUUUCUUAUAAUUACAUAUAAUUUGUUUACUGGCACUCACUACUGGCAAAUCUCAGACUUUCAUCUAGGGGAGAGAUUGAUUACAGCUUUGGAUUUUAUUCCUGUGUUGUGUGCUCUCGUCACUUGUACGUCCACUCAGACCCGUUUUCAUCCCUGGGAUUCAGGAUAUUCAGUCUUCUCCAUCAGCAGUGCUUUUGCUGGGCACGUGGAAUCACUUUAUCCUCGUCCUGGCUGGGUUGAAUUAGAUCCAGAAGUGCUGUGGAGUCAGUUUGUUGGUGUAAUAAAAGAGGCUGUACAAGCUGCAGGACUUCACAUGAGGCAAAUUGCUGGUCUUGGCAUCUCAACGCAGAGAGCGACUUUCAUUACAUGGCACAAGAGGACAGGGAAACCUUUUCAUAAUUUCAUAAGUUGGCAGGACUUAAGAAGUGCUCAACUUGUGAACUCCUGGAAUAAGUCCCUUCUGCUGAAGGUAAUCCAUGUUAUUUUUACAGUGCUUCAUUUCUUGACUGGGAAUGAUCGAUAUUUAGCACCAAGUUUUCUUACUUUUUCAACACAACAAACUUCUAUGAAGUUGUCCUGGGUUUUUAAAAACAUACAUGAGGCUGAAGAAGCUGCCAGAAAAAAUAACUGCUGCUUUGGAACGGUUGACACAUGGUUACUGUAUAGAUUGACUAAAGGUUCUGUGUAUGCUACGGAUUACUCAAAUGCCAGUUCUACAGGCAUUUUUGAACCCUUUACCAAAUGUUGGAACCCUGCUUUGUGUAAUUUACUUUCCAUUCCAAUGUCUAUUUAUCCUCCAGUGAAAGACACAAGCUUCAACUUUGGAUCAGUUGACUCUGAAAUAUUUGGGGUACCUAUUCCAAUAAUGGCAGUGGUGGCUGACCAGCAGUCAGCUAUGUUUGGAGAAUGCUGCUUUCACCCAGGAGAUGUUAAACUCACCAUGGGAACGGGUGGUUUCUGGAAUGUGAAUACUGGAGAGCGUCUCAUCGCGGGGCGGAGAGGUCUGUAUCCACUGAUCGGUUGGAAGAUUGGGGAAGAAGUUGUUUACUUAACUGAAGGCUGUAUGUCAGACAUUGGCACCGCCAUAAGAUGGGCUCAGGAUAUAAAUCUUUUCACCAAUGUAGAUGAAACAGAAAAAAUGGCACGGAGUAUUGUUGAUUCUCAAGGCGUUUGUUUUGUUCCAGGUUUUCAGAUUUCUGUGAAUGACCCCUAUUUAUGUGCCUCUUUCAUGGGGCUGAAACCUUCCACUACCAGAAACCAUCUUGUACGAGCCAUAUUGGAAUCUGUAGCUUUCAGAAACAAACAGCUUUAUGAUAUCAUUGUGAAGAAGGUACGCAUUCCUCUUCAAACUAUUCGAGCUGAUGGAGGUGUCAGUAAUAAUAGUUUUGUCAUGCAGAUGACUUCAGAUUUAAUUAAUAAGAAAAUAGAAAAACCUGCAAAUGCAGACAUGUCUAGUCUUGGUGCAGCUUUUCUAGCAGGCCUUGCUUCAGGGUUUUGGACUGACAAAGAACAACUAAAGAAACUAAGGCGAAUAGAAGCAGUUUUUGAGCCCCAGAAGGACUCAGAGGAAUACAAACCUGCUAUGGAUACCUGGCUACAGGCAAUGAAAUGCUCCCUGCACUGGUAGAAACUGUCAUUUUAAGUAUAGAAGAAUUAAAAUUUUUCAACUCAUAUUUAUAAAAUCUUGACAUAAACAGGACACUAAAGAACGUAACUGAAAUUUGUUACCCUCCUGCUGCUAGAUUACUUACCACACCAUGAUGAACCUUCAUAUCAUCCCUAUGACAGCUGUAGUCCAGCUGCAGCAUUGGUGUCCCUUCGGUGACCUCCUUUGGGUGGCCCAGCUGCUUGAAUACUACCAUGUACUAGAGAUGGGGAGAUUUUUCCUAUGAUGGGUUUUCUACUGAGGAACUCACCUCCCUUCUGAUCUUUAAAAUCUUUGGUAUGUUAGUCAUCAAGGGAGGGUAAAAGGCACAUACACUUCCCUAGGCGUUUCUAAAAAACAUAAAAUGAUUGUUGAGGGGUGAGUUGUGAUGAACUUGAUUGUGCACAAAGAUGUAUUCUUAUUAGUGGCCUGUUACCACCUUUUGGUUGACUUCCUAAGGAAGCAUUUGACCCACCUCUGUGAUUACUUUUUUGUGUGCUUAAAUUAAGAUGAAAUACAAAAGCAAAUAGGCUUUCAGUACUGAUUAAAAAAAAAUUAAAAUCCAGGAUUUUUGUAGCUGAUGGUUCCUAUCUAGCUUGCAGCUCAAGUUGUUUAAAUUUUAUAAAGACCAAAAGUUUUAUUAUCUGGCAUGGCUAAUACAAAUACAUUAAAAGUAGUUACAGGUAUGCUAUCUAAAUUGUAAAAAUCUGUAACAUUAGUAUUUUUAAGCCCAUUGUUAAAUCUUAUUAGUUGAAAGGGGGUCAAAAGUCUAUUUUUGAUGCUAUUACUUUUAUAUUUUUAAAUAAAUUAUAAUUAAAUAAAUAUGUAGUUAAUUAUUCCUAUGUAUUUAUCACUAAUCUUAAAUCGUAACUUUCUCAGGAGUAUGUGUAAAUCAGUUUCAAAAAUGUAAAAUUAUUAAACAUUUUCACUUCAGAAUAAUAUCAAA